AUGCCAACAAAGGUCAUGACAGCUGGGCUCUGUUUUGAAUGCAAACAAUUGGGUCACCUGUCCAAGGAUUGCCCAAAGUUCCACAAGGCCAAACCAUUGCAUGUCAACGCAAACGCGGUUAAAGUAUGCCCCAAGAGCAAGGUCAGGGUGUUGUUGGUCAUGCUCAAAGAGCUAGACAAACUCACCAGGCUGAAGGAAAAAAUCAAGAUCAACGCAGUGGACGUCAGGCGGAAGAACAAAGAGCCGGGACCAAAACAUGUCAAGCAAAAUGCUAUCAAGGUUAAGGACCACACAAGGAAGGUCCCAAACACGCUGAUAGUUGAAGCCAAGCUCAAAGGCAAGUCUGUUUGCGUACUGCUAGACUUGGGAUGCCAAACUGACAUAGUAUCCACAACCAUUGUUGACCAACUCAGGUUACCAACAGUGAAACUCAUGAAACCACUGCAAGUACAGUUGGCAAUGGCAGGGUUGCGAGGGACGCUACAUUAUGGUGUAAAAGCUAGAAUAGAGUACCAAGGAAUUGAUGAGUAUUGA